CUCGCUCGAGGAGAGCUGAUAGCCGCACCAGGUCGCGUGCCAGUCAGCUGGUGCACAAGAUCAUACUUCUUGCAACUUCAUCUCUAUAUUAUAGAAGAAAACGCCCUUAGGCAAGCCCAAUAGAAACAGAGAGAAAUAGGACAAGUGUUUCCGCCGGAGCGUUUGAGAAAAGGGAAACAAUUACUUGGCAAAGCAUUUGAGCCAGAGAAUUAGCACUUUUGAUCCAUUAUUCUGAAACAUGGCUCCCCAGUCCGUUCGGUGUCCUUACAAAGAGCAGGGCAGCGGCAAGUACUUCCAGUGCCCGGCUGCAGCAUCCACACUCAGCCCGGACGACCUGUCCAUCCCUUCGGAGGGGGAGAUGGAUGAGGAGAGCCUCCUGGAGCCGUCGGUCGCCAGAAGUGAGUGCAAGCGGCGUCCCAGGGGCCGGGGCAAACCCAGGAGCCCGAAGGUGGUGCAGAAGAUCAAGAAAAGCCGGCGCAUCAAGGCCAACAACCGGGAGAGAAACAGGAUGCACAACCUGAACGGCGCCCUGGACGCCCUGCGGGAGGUGCUGCCCGCCUUCCCGGAGGAUGCCAAGCUGACCAAAAUCGAAACUCUUCGCUUUGCUCACAAUUACAUCUGGGCACUGACCGAGGCUCUGCGACUGGCCGAUCCUCUCGGUGGUCCCGGAGACUCCUGCUACGAGGGAGCCGAGCAGCAGUAUCUAGACUCUGGGCUGAGCAGCCCCAGCCCCGGCGCUUCAGGCAGCUCCUGGACCAGCUUCAGCUCGCCUUCCUCUUCUUCCUACACCUGCACUUUAUCCCCGGGCAGCCCUGCACCAUCGGAAGACGCGUACUUCGGGCAGUCCGAGAGCAUCUAUGCACCUCCGAAACAGCAGUCUGACUUUUUGCAAAACUCUUCCCCUUUCCAUGAAUUUAUUUGAACCCCUCACCAGCUCAAUAUUGCGUCUCUUUUGUAUACGAUUAUAAAUUCUCUUUAUACUGAAACGAGUGUACCUACUAUCUGGGGGAAAAAUUGGACCUAUUCUGUUUACAUUUCUUACUAGAUAUAUAGGAUUGAGAUUUGUAAUGUAUUUUUCAAGCAAAUGUAUUUUUCAGACGGAUUCACACGAACUGUUAAUGUUCAAUGUUUUAAACUUGGCAUCUGUCUGUCUUCCCAGAGAGAAGCUCUGUUGAAGGCUGUGGGAAUUUGAACUGUCAAACCAAACUUUGCUCAGUGCACUUUGUCCAUUUUCCCAGGUUCUCCACAAUGCCUUUUGUUCUCUGAUUUCUUCUCCCUUCCUCCCCCUUUGGUCCUCUUUUAUCAUUUCAAGAAUAAGGCCGAUUUUACCAGCUGUCUAAUAUGAUUUACGGAAAAAGAUGUUGUGGUACGGAGCGAGGUUAGAAGUCAUUGCAUAAUUUGUAGACUUUUUAAAUGAAUGAAAACGAGCGUGUAAAUUUAGGUUGAGUGCUUUAUCAAAGGCAGAGAGAGUGAGAGAGAAGGAGAACACAAGGAGGAAGGCCUCAUGCAUUAUUUAUCUCGACCUCCGGGGAUGAAGAAUUGCCUUUUUUUUCCACGACCGAAAAAAAUCAGCCGAAUAAAACGAACUGACACGGAGCAUUAACGCGAUCAUCUACACAUGUGUUCACUUUUAUUUAUUAUAAAAGGAAGAUUUCAUGCA